UAUAAAAGCACACACCAUCUCCUUCCUCCCCUGCCUCUCUUUUAAUUCUCUCUCAAAUCUCACAAAAAAAAAUCAUCUUCUUCAAUGGAGACGACGCAUCUCAACAAGAAACAGAGGUUAGAGAAGAACCAGAACUGCCAUUUCGAUGACUUACCUGAUGAUCUCAUCAUCUCUAUCCUCUGUAACCUCGCUUCCUCCGCUUCUUCUCCUUCCGAUUUCCUCACCGUUCUCUCCACAUGCAAGAGAUUGAAUCGGUUAGCGCUAAAUCCUCUGGUUUUAUCAAAAGCCGGUACUCGUACCGUAGCAGUCACGGCGGAGAACUGGUCUGAUUCUUCUCAAAGAUUUCUCAAACUCUGCUCUAAUGCCGGAAGCGCCGACGCUUGUUACGCUCUCGGAAUGAUCCGAUUUUACUGUCUUGAAAAGAAGAGAAACGGAGCGGCGCUAUUAGCAAAAGCAGCGAUUCGAUCACACGCGCCGGCGCUUUACGCGUUAGGUGUGAUUCAGUUCAACGGAAGCGGCGGUUCAAAAUCCGAUAAGAAUCUAAGAGCAGGCGUCGCUCUCUGCUCUCGUUCCGCUUCCAUAGGCUACAUCGAUGCCCUCCGUGAGCUCGGUCACUGUCUCCAAGACGGUUACGGUUGUCCACGUAACGUCACCGAAGGUCGUCGGUAUUUGAUCCAAGCAAACGCGCGUGAAGUCGCUUGUACUCUACGCUCUUUCCUCUCAAUCAAGGAGGGGGAGAUGACCUUUCCGGUUAAAGAGAUUCAUCCGGUAAACCGGUUUUUGAAAGAUUGGUUUGGUCCGGGUGGGGUGAAGUUAUCGGAGGGGUUAACGAUGUGUUCGCACGACGGUUGCGGGAGGCCGGAGACUCGGGCGAAUGAGUUUCGGAGGUGUUCUGUUUGCGGGACGGUGAAUUAUUGCUCGCGUGGAUGUCAAGCGUUGGAUUGGAGAGUGAAGCAUAAGGUUGAUUGUACUCGGUUGACUGAUCUGUGGCUUGCACAGGUGGCGGCGGAGAUCGGCGAAGAGUUACCACCGGAGUAUAAUGAAGAUGUUGAGAAUAUUUUUGCGCAGCGGUAACGGUUUCUAUUCUAACGCUAAAAUGCCAAUAGUCUCUCUUUGACCGUUGAGUUUUUUUCUUUUUCCUUUUUUCUUUUUUGGGAUUAUUAAUUGAUUAUCGUUUUUUUUUAAUGUUUUGUUUUUUAAUUAAUUAGUUUUCGGCUAAUGACGUUUCUUAAUUCUCUAAUACUGACUUGACAUGUUACUAUUAAAAUGAUAGUUUUAUUUGUA